CAAGAUGUUAUGAAUUCUUACUUAAGAUCUGUAAUAAGAUCUUGGGUACAAGAUAAUACAGUUAUCUUGUACCUAAAUUUUCAAGAUCUGUUCACUUAUCUGUACCCAAGAUCUUGGCCAAAAUCUUACUUACAAGAUGUUUCACUAGAGAUAUCUCCAUUUAUAUUCUUUCCAUUUUCCAACUUUCCUAUACGUUAAAAAAAUGUUUUUUUCUUACAAAUAUUUAUACUGUAUCUAUUUUUCCAGGAUGCAUUUGUUCAUUCACAAAUUAAUUACAAACGUUUAGAAGAUACUGAACCGAACGUGACGGAAGAUACCCAAUGCACCUUAAAUAAGAAAAAAAAAAGAUUUGGCCAAGAAUACGAAUCAGGCGACCUUAGUGAUGAGUAUGGUGAAGCAGAAGAUGAAGUCGAGAAAUAUUUAUCAAUGCGCAUCGAUCCUGAACUGAUCGUCGAUAAUCCUCUAAUAUUUUGGAAAGCAAACCAGAAACAUUUCCCUCUAUUGUCGAAAGUGGCUCGUACGAUCCAUUGUAUUCCUGCAACUACAGCUGCAGUCGAGCGUGAAUUUAGUGGAGGUGGACUCGUGAUGUCUGAACGUCGAUCGUCAAUCAAUCCAAACAAUGUCGACAAUAUACUUUUUCUCAGAUCAGUUACUCAAUGA